AUGAUUGAUUUGUUGUUAAAUGCUAAUCUUUUGAUGUCAAACCUUGACCAACGGCAAGUUGCUGGUGUUGGUGUUGAGGGGGUUGUUGGCUCAUUUCCUGAGUUACCCCCUUCAACUCAGCAGCAGCAACCUGUUGCUGCUGGUGAGGGCUCAUCUGAGCCUUCUCAGCAGCAACAAGAAGGUGCUGCAGCUGAUGCUACUGGAGCUAAACCAGUUGAUAAAAAACGUAAGCAAGUUAGUGUUAGAUCUAAAGUGUGGGAUCAUUUUGAGCGCAUUGUUGAUGACAAUGGAAAAUUGAUUUUGUCUAAAUGCUUGUAUUGUGCAAAGACUUAUAACUCUGAUACUAAAAUUAAUGGGACUUCUACCCUUAGAUCCCAUAUUCUUUCAUGCUUUAAGAACCCUCAUAGUAAAGAUACUAGACAGGCCUUGUUAACUCUACAACCCGUUGAUGCAUGUCCUAAUGAAAAUGAGGGUAAGGGACAAUUGGGGACUUGGAAAUUUAAUCAAGAAGACAUUAGGAAAGCACUGUCUUAUAUGCUAAUCAUUGAUGAGCUACCUUUUAGGUUUGUUGAGGGUAUGGGGUUUAAGAAACUAAUGAGUGUUGCAUGUCCUAGGUUUCAUAUUCCUUCUAGAUGGACUGUUAACCGAGACUGCUAUCAAAUGUUUCUUGAUGAAAGGUUGAAUUUGAAAAAUACAUUGAGAAGUGGAAGCCAAAGAGUUAGUAUCACAACAGACACAUGGACUAGUAUUCAACGUGUUAAUUAUAUGUGUGUUACUUGCCAUUGGAUAGAUAAUGACUGGCUGCUUCAUAAAAGAAUCAUUAAUCUUGUACCUGUUUGUGGGCAUAAAGGGGACUACAUAAGUAAAACACUUGAGAAUUGUUUGCUGGGUUGGGGUCUGAAAAAUAUUUUCACAGUGACUAUGGAUAAUGCUGGUAAUAAUAACACUGCAAUUGCUGCAUUUAAGAAAAAACUCAUGUCUUGGGGGACUGAUGUGUCUAGAUGUGAAUAUUUGCAUAUGAGAUGUAUUGCACAUGUCAUUAAUUUGGUUGUAUCUGAUGGCUUGAAAGAAAUGAGUAGCUCUGUUAAGAAAGUUAGAGAUUGUGUCCGUUACAUUAGGAACAGUCCAUCUAGACUUAAGAAAUUUAAAGACCUCAUUGCUGAUGCUAAACUUGGCACCAAAAAGUCCCUCUGUCUUGAUGUGGCAACCAGGUGGAAUUCCACUUAUCUUAUGCUUGACACUGCUUGUUUAUUUCAGUCUGUUUUUGAGAGUUAUGAAGCAUCUGAUGAGAAUUUUAGGUCUGAUAUGAUUGAAAGCAUUCCUAAUUUUUUUGAUUGGGAAACUGUUAAGAAAUUUGCUACUUGCUUGUCCUAUUUCUAUGUCACAACUUUAAGAAUUUCUGGUUCUUUGUAUGUCACAUCCAACAUGCAUUUUCAAGAGAUUUGUGACCUUUCUAUUAUGUUGGAUGAAAUGCUUGUUAAUGAGGACAUAGAAAUUGUGCAAAUGGGCAGAAAAAUGAGGGAAAAGUUUAACAAAUACUGGGGACCAAAAUUGUUUCAAACUGUCAAUGAUAAGUUGACUAGUCUGUUUGUUGAGUAUCAAAAGGCCUCUGUGAAUGCUACUUCAUCUGCAUAUGUGAGUCUUAGUCAAUCUUCAGAGGGUGUUUCUGCUCAAACACCAGUCCUGCCACCACCUGCAAAGAAACAUAUGUCCCUUAUGAAGGCCAAAUUUGAUAUUCAGAAUAAGGGUAUAGAAAGUGAUAGUAGGAAAUCUGAGCUGGAAGUGUACCUGAGUGAAGCUACGGUUGAGAAUGAUGAUGCAUUCAAUAUUUUGAAGUGGUGGAAGCUAAACUCAGGGAGAUUUCCAAUCCUUUCGAGGAUGGCUCGAGAUAUUCUUGUUGUCCCUAUCUCUACUGUUGCCUCUGAAUCUGCUUUCAGUACUUCUGGAAGAGUACUGGACUGCUUUAGGAGUUCUUUAACUCCAAGAUUGGUGGAAGCGCUGGUGUGCACUCAGGAUUGGCUUAGAGCAGAAUCCUCCCCUUUGGUGAUUGAAGAGUGCUUGGAAGAAUUGGAACCAUUUGAGCAAGGUUAUAGUUGCCGAACUAAGAAGUUGGACUCUUGCUGCUUUUUGCUUUUGUGUGGCAACUUGCUUCCACCACUUCAAAAUUCUGAUACAUAUAAGGCCUUGAUUUAUUUGCAUGAUGAGGCUCUUUCUUCCACCACUUCAUAUAAUCUGAAACAUAAUGCCUUGACAUAUUUGCAUGAUGAGGCUCUUUUUUGUAUUCUGAACAAUUUGAAGGGUCCGUAA